AUCCAUAAUGUCCAUCUAUUGAUAAGCCUUUAUCUUCACACAGUCACAUAUCAUGUCAGCCAGUGCUAUUUUUAGUCUGCUUAUUCAGUUUUGGUUAUGCCAUGUGACCUUAAGUUGUGAUGACGUCAGCGAGAGUGCUUGCAAGCAGUUUGCUACUCACUACACAAACAUGUGUGAGGAUGGUUGUCUGUCAUCUCUCUGUGCACGGACUUGUAACAGAUGUGAACUGAAAUGCUACUCGUGUUUUGACAUCAGCUAUUCCACCCAAUGUAACGAGACCAUUCGUUGUCCAUCUUUAGACCAUCAUUGCAUCUUUGUAAAGUCCUAUGACAACAACUUCCGGAGGGUGUACAAAUUAGGAUGCGCAGUUGGAGACGUGUGUGACCACCCCUCCCCGGACACCGUCUGCUGUGACUCUGACCUCUGUAAUGAUCACUUCUAUAGACCCACCACCACAACGCCACCACCAACCCCCACCGCGCCCCUCACCGGAGUGGUACUCGUUGGCAAGCGUCAAUCAGCAGAUCCACAAUGUGAGGAAGUCCUUCCUAGCGCAUGCGCGGAUAUAGUAGCAGCCGAUCCCAGCGUUUGUGCGAAAGACUGUUUGUACAAAAAGUGCCCGGUGGCAUGCGGCCACUGCAAGACCUGCUACAGCUGUGACUUCGUACACGACCAACGGAUAUGUAACACCACGACCGUCUGUGGACAGGGGGAGGUCUGUUACGGGUUGGAAACGGUUGACACAUUAAGACAACAUGGCUUCCGGUUUGGCUGUACACCACAACUGCUUUGUGGCCAGAUAUCUUCUGUCUCCACGAACACUUUUGGAAAGAGAGGAUCAGGUCUGGCAGGAGGCUGUUGUAAUGAUAGCCUGUGUAACGACAACCUGAAACCGGAAACAACAACUUCACCACCGACAACAACAACAUCAUUAACCACCACAAUAAUUACAACUGAAAAAACAACGACAUUACCAACAACUCAAGGCGUAACAACACACGACCCAAAUUGUCGCUGUCCAGGCGGACGCUCGUCCUUCUACGUAAACAGCAAGUGCUACUUUUAUGAUCCAUCGACAUUCCUGCCAAAGAACCAAUCUAAGGCCUGGUGUGAAGCUCGCUGUGGGCGUCUCGUUGACGUCAGAAAUGGGGCGGAGCUUUUAAGUGUGACGAACGGCAUAUAUAAAACGGUUCUACAUGACUUCGGACCCCACUCCAGUCAUCGUGCUUACAUGCAUACACAAUUCUACCUGGACGCAAUAUACGUCGAUGGGCGUGGUUGGGUGUGGGAGACCAGUGGACAGCCCGUUCCAGGGGACGUAGUGGGAGGGACAGUGACCGCCACCCCCGGGGCAUGUGCUGCCGCUAAGGGCCGCAACAGCGGACUGCUGGUGACGUCAAACUGCAACGGAUCAAGAUACGUGCUUUGUGCUCUGAAAUAGCCAAAGGCGAUCAUAAAACUCAAUUUUUACCUUAAUACAAGUACUUGAAUUUACAAUAAUUACACUGUUUCAUUCUACUGGUAUACUUUUGCAUGUAUUUGAAUGACCUUAAACAAGGUAAUGUAUACUUUGAAUGAAAAGUGAAAUAAAUGUUAAAAUACC